GCCCUCUGGGAGCAUGUCCCUUGGAUGAGAGGGAACCAAAGACUGGUGCUCACACAGAACAAGCUUUGAGGGCUUUGCUUCUGCAGAGUUCUCCAGCCUCAGGGGCUCAGUGCUGUUUGCAGCUGCAGCACAUCUUCAGAUUUGGUUUAAUCCCAAAGAAAUCAAAUCAACUCACUCUGGGCCUAUUGACCUUCAAGCUACAGCAGAGCUCCAUGGAUUUUGGGUGCCAUUUAUGCCUGUCUCAGUCUCUUGCUGAUAAGGAUCAUGAGCUGAAGGCUGAUAAUAUUUGGUGUCUUACCUCUCAUCUUAGAGAUCAUGCUCCUAUCAAGGAAGGAAGGAUCUGCAUUUCCACUCCAGAGGUGGAGUUCUGCAUUGCUGUGGGUAUGACCUGGAAAUCCAUCUGUAAGAAAUUCUAUGCAAGGUGUAUUUAGAGAGACUGUUGAAUAAUCUUGUGUGUUAUCCAUCCUGUAUUUCUGUGAAAUAGUGUGAGCAGGAAAAGCACAAUAUGCAGGAAAUAGUGUUUGCAAACUUUUAUAGAGGUACAUGAUGAAAUAUGCAAUUACCUGUUUUAUUGGAUUCUUAUUUACCAAAAAAACCCAUUUUCCUCUUCUACAGAAAGCAAGAUGAUUCCUAAUGAAAAUUUCUCAGAAUGUCAACCAAUAUUGAUACAGAAAGUAAUGCUCAUUUUGUGCUGGAUACUAACACUACUUAUCAGUGGGGUAGAAGUUAGAGAGAUUAACUUGUCAGGAUGUUCCCAUGUUGAACCUCAGAUAUGGUAUCGUGCAAUUAAUGGUGAGGAGUUUGUUCUACAAUGUGCUUUACCAGGUAGAGAUGCUACCAACAUUUAUAACAGCUCACUUCUAGACCAACAUAAGGUGAAAUGGUUCUGGCAUCAGAAAGACAAAGAGACACUGAUGGCUGUCAAGGAAAGCUCAAAUCUGACUUUCCAAGGGGAUGCACUUUGGUUUAAACCAAUAAGGGACAGUGCUUCUGGAGUGUACAUCUGUAAGAUAUGGGGAAAAAUCCCAUGUCUCAAAAUUGUUUUGGAUGUUCAAACAAAGAAGGCAGCAAAAUGUUCAGGUUAUGACACAAAUAUGCUAUAUCUGCUUGCUGGCAGUGGGAAUUCUAUAACCUGUCCUGGGACUAAAUGCUACAGCCACAUAAAAAAGCCAGAUGUGAAAUGGUAUAAGGAUGGUCACCAGAUAAAAUACAGGAAAAGCAGACCAAGCCUAAAGCUUAAGCAGAAUGAAAUCUACUUGAAUCCAACCUAUGACAAAGAUGCUGGAAUAUAUGUGUGUGAUUACACUCUGCCUGACAACAUUACCAAGUGGACAGUGAGAACAGCAGUAACAGUAGAAGUCACUGCAAAAAACACUAUUCAUCCACCAAACCUUUUGUAUCCUAAUGGUGUUGUGAUCCUUGAAGUAGAAGUUGGCAAGGCACUUGAAUUGCAAUGCCGUGUGCAGUUUGGGUUUGAAACAGUUUCUCCAGUGAGGGUAACAUGGAAACGAAACAAUGAAGAGAAUGUAAAUGAGAAAUUGAAUCAGGAAACGAGUGUCUGUUCAGAAGGUUUGAAGGGGCACACACUUCUUCACAUUGCAACUUUGAAAGAAGUUACUGAAAAGGACCUCAGAAGCAACUUCACUUGCUUUGCUGAGAAUUCAGUGGGGAAUGCCACUGCUGUGAUCCAGCUGAAAAGAAAGCAGAGAGUGCUCUUCUUAUAUAUACUAUGCAGUGCCAUUUCUACUCUAUUUGCACUUGUUUUGUGCACUGCCUUUAUUUACCAGCACUGGAUUGAGAUAGUGCUGAUGUAUCGAAGUUAUCUGGUCCACAACAAAAGUACAGAAGAUGGCAAGGAAUUUGAUGCAUUUGUGUCCUAUGCAAAAUUAAACUCUUCUGAAAGUGAGUCUGCUUUAAUUAGUGAGGAGAAAUUUGCCCUGGAGCUUCUUCCAGAUACACUAGAAAAUAAAUAUGGAUACAAGUUAUGUAUUCUUGAAAGAGAUAUUCUUCCAGGAGGAGCAUACACAGAUGAUGUUGUAUCAGCCAUGAAACAAAGCAGACGGGUAAUAAUUAUUUUGAGCCCAGCCUAUGUCAGUGGACCAAGCAUCUUUGAGCUGCAGGCAGCAGUGAACUGUGCAUUGGAAGAUAAAGGCAUCAAACUGGUAUUAAUAAAGUUCCUAGAUUUCCAAGAGCCAGAGACUUUGCCUCCUGUAGUGAAGAAAGCACUUCGGAUUUUACCAGUUGUUACCUGGAAAUCCUCAAGUUCUGCUGCUCCACACAAGAAGUUCUGGAAAUACAUGCGGUACCACAUGCCAGUGAAAAGUACCAAGAGGCUGGAAAAUUGCAGCCUCAAGGGCUUAUCCCAAAGGUUAUUCAGACUGGUGUAUUGAUAGGGGAAAUUUCCCAGGAGAAUGACAUCAGGCUCAGGAAUGGCAACAGGAUUGUCAAAAGCCUUUUCUGUAUCAUCUGACCACUGUCAAUUGUCACUGCAGCCAGCAAUAGCUUGCUCUGAAACAUCCAAAAGGACUGAAGUGUGACAGUGCACAGCAAAACUGGACCACUGCACACAACUGUAAAUGUUUAAAGAUUAAUUUUCUUUCAUUAAUUAAUAUUUUAUUACCAUUUUUAUUUUAUUUAUUAUUCCAUUUUGCUCUGAGUUUGUGACAUACAAUGUUCUUUGCACUGUAUUCCUUUCUGGAAUAUUUUAACACUUAUUUUCUAGAAAAAGAUUAAUAAAAGGG